AUGGCACCAGUCCUGGUCAAGCAGGAUUUACUGUCCAACAUAACACCCCUCCGCCCAUCAGCUCGCAACAACGACUUUACAACCCUCGCCAAGGCCCGUCUCGGAACCGACACCGUCCUUUUACAACAGGCCAAACACAGCAACGGAUGUGGGCUUCGAAGGGAUAUGGAGACCUGGCUGUAUACCCUUGAUUCGCAGUUGGAUAAUAACCAGCAGCCGCCUCAGUUGGUCCGUGUCCGUGGUACUCUCGAGAGCAACAACUGCGGUGGUGGCAGGAGCGUGGAAGGAAUGACAACGGGGUUUGUCCCUGGGUCGGUCGCGAGUGCGUAUGCCAGUGUGGAGAGACCAGUGUUUGUAGUGGAUUAUUAUGAACGAGGAUCACUGCGGGACAGUCUUGACAGAGGCGAUUUUCUGACGACGGCAGCGGCUUCUCAGGAGGACGGACCAGGAAGUGACAGCCGACUAACUGGAGUUAAGAGCUGCUGGAAGAGCAAGAUUGCGGUUCUGAAGGAAAUUGCAACAGCACUCCACUAUAUCCAGUGCCAUCUCCCCGGCCAACAGCUCGGCUCCCUAUCCAGUGACACCAUCUUCCUCGACACCGACCGUCAUGCCUACCUCUCAUGGCAUGCCUCACGAUCCCACCGUAGGGAUUAUACCUUGGGCCGCACACAGUCCUGGAGACUCCUCCCUCCAACAACGCUUCUUCAAUUGAAGAAUACUCUGAACCAGGAACCGGUAGCAGAGGAUAUCUCGGUGGAGCAAGAUGAUAUGUAUACGUUUGGGAUCUUGGUAUGGGAGAUUGCGACGGAGGAGCGGCCGUUUGAGAGUAUUGAUACCCCCGUGUUGGUGAGGCCUGAGGAUAUGGCGCAUCGGUUCUCGAAGGCUCCUCCUCCGCGUGUGCUGGAUUUGGUCCGCCAGUGUAUCCAGGCGGAUAAGACAAAGAGACCUUCUUGGUGUGCUGUGUUAACGAGUUUGGAUAAGUUGGACCCAGUCACCUUGGAAGACGGCACUGACACUGCCCCCAGCCUCGACAACAGCAACCUUAUCCAGGAACCCUCUACCAACGAUACCACAACAACAACAACUACAACAGUCUCAUCCCCCAUCACUACCACGACAGUGACCCUCACCCGUGACCCAUGCCACCCAACAGCGCUCUCAGACGACAAGACAAAAGUCGUCGAGAUGAUGGAAUCCGUCCUCGAUUCGACCUUCUAUCGCCGCGACCUCCCAACCCACCUCUACAGCUUCACCAGCCCACGCGGCAAGAAGCUCUUCCAGGAAAUGAUCGCAGCAGGAACAGGGGAAUGUUUCUUCCGCCUCUGCACCUCCUUCAACACUCAAAGCGAUCCUGCCUUCUGUGGCGUCUCUUCUCUAUCCAUGGUCCUCAACGCCCUCGAGAUUGACCCGCGACGACAAUGGCGAGGUGUUUGGAGGUGGUACUCGGAUGAACAACUCGACUGCUGUACCUCGGUCGAUGUGAUGAGACAAAAGGGAAUCACCUUUAACCAGUUCAGCUGUCUCGCCCGCUGCCACGCCAAAGUCUCUGCUAAACGUGCCGACAGGACGACGAUCGAACAGUUCCGACAGGACCUCAAACUCGUUUGCACAUCGGAUCAAGUCCAUAUGGUCCUCUCCUUCUCGAGAGCUGCAUUGGGACAAACGGGAUCUGGACACUUUAGCCCAGUCGGCGGGUACCACGCCGGUGAGGAUAAGGUCCUAGUCCUGGACACCGCCCGAUUCAAGUACCCACCCUUCUUUGCAACCGUUCAAGAGCUCUGGGAGUCCCUGCUACCCGUCGACCCCGAGACAGGUGAAUCCCGAGGCUACUUCUUGGUUUCUGCCACCUCCAGGCAGAAACUCGACAUCCAGCGCAAGCGGCUUCCAAGUGUCAUCGGCAUCGGCAAUGGCGAUAUCACAUCCACGGCCUCCUCAUCCUCAGUCUCCUUACCCUCGCAGACGGACCCCUCUUCUCGUUCCCCCUCUCCGUUCCGGGAACUGGGGAUGGAUGGACCGGUAGAUAAUGAGACUACUUCUGCGGAUGAGCACCACGACUGUGAUUGCGACUGCAAGCCAUAA